GAACGGAAAUGACGUGACUUUUAUUACUCAACAAUAUUUUUAGUUUACUGUGUGAGAGUUUAGCUGCAGCUGCUGAAGAAAUUCUGUCAGGUCAACAAACGAAGUAUGAGGAGGAGGUCAGCCGUGAGCUCAGACUGCUGCCGAUCAACCGGAGACCCGAGAUAAAGUCACACAAAGCAGACAUCCCCCAGCAACAUGAAGUGUAAGGACGCAGAAGGUCGUGAUGAUCAGCAGGUCUGUAACCAGGAGAGGAGCUCCAGUGUGGACCAGGAGAAUCCUGAUCUUCCACCAGUUAAAGAGGAACAGGAGGAGCUCUGCAUCACUCAGGCAGGAGAGCAGCUUGUAGUGAAACAGGAGGCUGAUGGCAUCAUUUUCUGGACCGGGGAAGAGCGCCUCAGGCUGCUGGAUGUCAUCUGGAGCCCUGAAAUGAAUUUAUUACACAGAUCAGACCUCCCACAACAACAUGACUGUAAGGAAGAAGAGGGUCUGGACGACCAUCAGGUGUGUAACCAGGAGAGGUACUCCAGUCUGGGAGUAGAUCACCCAGAGCCGCGACACAUUAAAGAGGAACCGGAGGAAUUGUGCAUCAGUCAGGACGGAGAGCAGUUUGCACUGAAGCAGGAGAGUGAUACCUUUAUGGUGACUCAGACUUAUGAGCAGUGUAGGCCCGAACCAAAGAAAGAGCAGUUUCUUUCUCAUAACUUACCUGCAACACAUAAGAGAGAUGAGGAAGAAGGCACACAUGUGGGAUCAACUAGAAGAGCAGAUCCGAUAAAGAGGAAACCUCGCGGUGAGGGAGCAGAUGACUCCCCCGGCUCAGAGGGCCAGUAUACAACAAACACAUUUAAAAAGUGUUUAAAAUGUGAAACUUGUGGAAAAAUCUUUCAUUUUAAAUCUGGACUGAAUGAACACCAGAGAGUUCACACAGGUGAGAAGCCUUAUUGUUGUAGUGUCUGUGGAAACAAAUUUAGUUUCUCAUCUGCAUUCAAAGUUCACAUGAGAAUUCACACUGGUGAGAAACCAUAUUCUUGCAGUACUUGUGGGAAAUGUUUUAGAGAUUUAAAAUCAUUCAAAACUCACACUAGAAUUCACACAGGUGAAAAGCCAUACUCUUGUAGCAUCUGUGGAAAAACAUUCAGGGACUUAUCAGGAUUCAGAAAACACACACGAAUUCACACAGGUGAGAAGCCAUAUGUUUGCACAAUAUGUGAGAGAAGCUUCAGUCAAAUGAUACACUUGAAAACUCACAUGAGAAUUCACACAGGUGAGAAGCCAUUAUCGUCUGGCCCCCGUGGCAAAAGAUAUAGAUACUCAUUUGGAUUGAAAACGCAGAUGAGAAUUCACAUGGACGAGAAGUCACAUUUUUGUAGCACAUGUGGGAAAACGUUCAAGCAGAAGACACAGUUAAAAAGACACAUGAGAAAUCAUACUGGUUAAAAAUGUCAUCUUUUAGAUUUUUAGCACUGUGUUGAUAGCACAGCCCGCACCGGUGAGAUGCCAAAUCAGUGCAACACCUGUGAGGAAAAAAUGAUCUCAUAUAUUCUAAUACUGGCUUAUUCUUAUAAUCAUAGGGAAAGCCUUUUUUUGUUUGUUUGUUUUGUUUGUUUGUUUUUAAGUCUAGAAAUGAUAUUUUUAGCCUGUAGCGAUAUUACACAAAAAUUAAUUGUUUGAAUUAUGUCCUUAAACUUGAUUCACUAAACAGCUUUGUUGUUUAAAAAAAAAAAAAGCUUAAACAAAUGUUCAUUUUUCUUUAGUUUUGUUUUUCAUAGUAAAGAUUUGAUUCUUCUGUGAGGCUUGUGAGUUUGUUUGGGUUUUGUUUUUUUUUUCAGUUUUUCUUCUGUCUUGUAUCCUUUUUUUUUUUUUUUUUUUUUUUUUUUUUAAAUGGCUAACCAGUAUUUCAUUACAAAUGGUUUGACGGCAGGAGGUGUGUAUCAUGUCUCUAGUCUGGUAAAUAAAUAAUGUACACUUAUGGAAGUUGUAGUGCAGUAUUGACAAGCAAUGUGAUUUGUAACAUGGCACCUGAUUGUCAAAUGAAAUUUCAGUCUUUCACAUGGUUUGACAAAAACAUGACUCUUAAAGUUAAUAUGAGUUUAUUAAAAAUCCAGACAUGGUGCAGUUGGUGCAUGGACUCGAUCAUUUACUCCAGCUGAGGAUGGAGGGCAACUAAGAAACGUCAAACAGCUUACAACAACAUAGGAGUCCAUCUGUUAUGUGUAUAUCUACACUUAUGCGCAGUAAGUAAAUUAUGCAUACUUAUUGAUGCUGUAAACUAAAAAGCUGCCCGGCUAAGCAACAGAUCAAGGAAAAACUCCACUAGCCAGAGACAGACUAGACUUUCAGGUCACUGAAUGUGUUGUGAUGUUUUUGUUCUUAGCGAUGUGCUUAGUAUGUUAUUUAUGUUUAAAAUUUAAAUAAAGAUUUCAUGAAACUCUUCUGGUGACGAGACAUUUGCGUAGUGUAGCUGCAGGUUUACAGUUAAACUGCAUGAAAGUGUAAUGGUAAAAGGUGUUUAAUAUGUUUAUAUGGUUUGUCAUUGCUUUUGGUCUUCAAUAAGUACUUUUGUCAUAUUGACAGUCAUAUGAUUAGCAUAUGAUAUGACCAGUUGUUUUAUAUUAAAUAACUUUCCUCUGCAGUGCUUUAAAGUUUCAUCCACUGAAAUAAUCAAGUGGUGAUAAAAUUAACUUUUUACAACAACGAGGACUUAAAUGUUUCUUUCACUGAGAUUAACUGUUUGUAAAGGAUUUUCGUUUGCAUGCAAAUUGUCUUUAAUAUUUUGUUAAUUUGGGGGGGGUUGCACUUUAGUCUUAGAGUUUGGUCAGUGUUUAAAACAUUUUUGUUAUUUUUAUGCUUUUGUUUUAUUGUAAUCAUUACUUGAGUUUCUUUUUCUUCUUUGUGUUCCAGCUAAUUUUUUUUAAAUAUAGCUCUCUUUUUUCCUAGCCUUCUGCUAUGGGUUUCUAUCAAGUUUCAGUGUGUUUUAUUUUGAAAGCUGGUUGCUGACCUAAUUAAAUGUUAGGUUUUUGUUA